UAAUCAGUCCACUGGCAGCUCUUUUCCACGACGUGUUUACUUUCAGUUACGAAUUUCAGUUCGUAGCGACAUCGUUGACAGAUCCGCCAUGUAUAUUACAUUAAUAUUUAAAAGUAAAGAUGUCCGUAUCAGAAGUACAGCAGGUGGUGUGAAUAUGUACAGUUGUGAAUCGGUGUGAUAUUUUACUAGUUCGCGCCAUUACGUUUGCCCUGUUUAGUCGAUAAAUCGUUAUCGUCAAUAUUCACGGUGAUUAUACAGGUGUAAAGUUAGCGAGUGAUAAAAUGUUUACACUAUAUUUGUGCCAUGGAGUUUGUCUUGGAAUUUUAUAAUAUGUAUGUGUGUUAAAGUGACGUUUGAAUGUCAGUGAUAAUUAUUAUACCUAAUCAUGGAUCGACUUCGACAAAAGUCGAAAAAAGACAAACCGAUUAAAUAUAUGGAUAAAGAAAAACCCAACAUGUACAUUUCCGAUGCUAAAACGCUUAAAGAAAAUAUCAAGAUCACAGAAAUAUUAAGAACAGUUAAAAUGAAUAGCAGUAUGCGUAUUAAAGCACCACGGGGAAGUAAAGUAAUGCAAAAUAAAGAUUUCAGUGACAACGAUAGUUUCGGUGCCGUUAUAAAUGACGAUGGCAAACAGUGUCUUGAUUCUCUAAGUACAAGAAAUUCGCUCAUAAAUGAUAACAUAAUUAAUAUUAUCGAGGUGGCAAAUAAGAACUGCGUAAGUUGUAAUCAGGAGUCCAAUACAGAUAAGACAGGUGCCGAAUUAGACAAAACUAUAAGAGCAGAUGUCAGUGAAACGACCGAAAAUAAGACGAAUAGUCAAUUAGAUAAUUCAUCCAGUAAAUUAGUUAAUGGUGAUCUUGACAGGUCAAAUAGUAAUCAAAUUACACCAACAACAUCUAUAACAAAUGAAUAUUCAAAUUUAAAGUCUCGAGAACGAAAAUUAUCGUUAGAUCACACAAUGUUAAUGAGACGUGAUAGUUUAUCGCAAUCUGAAAUGGAUUUGCAUUCUAUAGGAAAAUCUCCAUUAGAAAGAAAAUCUUCAUUCUUUAGAAAGAAGUGGGAGAGUUUUAAAAAAAAUGCUUCUGAAUCAUUUAAAAAGCAAUCGCUAGGGAGAAGUCAAUCCCAACUGGAUCGAUGUGGGUCAGUGUCAGUCUCUAUGCAAUCAUUGAACGAAAAAUCUGAAUCAGAUAACACUGAUUGUUGUUUGAACAACAAUAACGAUGGCAGUGUUAGUAGUCUACAGUCAUCAGCGGCGGGACAAAGCAGCUCCAGCCUAUCGGUGAAUCAGGGAGAGCGUUUGAGUCCCUUACCUGGGGAACAAAAUUGCCUUCCAGGAAGUUUACCUAAUGGAGGGAUGUCUACAGGGAGUAUAAAUUGUUUGAACGAUACUUGUGGCUCAGAAAGUUUACUAAACUCCCGGGCUAUUUCCAUGAGUUCAGGUCUUGACACGGCAGUCAAGCGGCGUCGACGGAAAACCUCUCUUGCAAACAGAGUCACGUGGCUGGCGAGUGAAAAUAUGACCAAUUAUUUAAGAAAAGUUAUACCGGAUGAUACUUACACAAACAACAAAGAGACACCCAUGUGCCAUUCCUAUCAAGAUCUAGUCAGUAUUAGCAAGAAGAAGACUGACAACAAGGGUAGACGGCUCUCAUACCAGAGAGCAGUGUCCGGAGAAGAUCCUGUGCUACCUUCGCGUUACCAAGAAAGUGGCUUGCGGAGGCGACCACUAAUACCUGAGGAUUCUGAGGCUGACUAUGAGCUAUCCAACCUGCUGGCAGAAUUCACGAAGAACGGAGUUCCACCGCUGAAGGGUUUCUGCGUCGCCAAUGUACACGACGAGGCAUUGAGAUACGUCUUUUGGGCCGAGAACCCACAGAACUUAGAAGAGCUUUACGACAUAAAGAAGUUAUCUCCGAAUGAAGAGGCGCGACAGGCGGUUAUAAGAGAACUUAUAGUCACCGAGGCCGACUAUAUCAGACACUUGAUGGCAAUCGUUGAGGUCUUUAUAGCCGCCGCACACGCAUUACAAGAUAGCGGCAAAUUACUGGAAGUGGACACAGAACGUCUGUUUUCUAACAUCCCAGAUGUUUUGAACGCCAGUUUGUACUUUUGGGAAAUCACAAUCUACCCCAUGCUGCUUGACUCUGCUGAGAAAUCAGCACCUUUCAAUACUGAGUUCAUGGCCCAAGGAUUCUGCCGUUUCCGCGAUCUUUUCCAGCCUUACGAGAAAUAUGUGAGCGAGCAAACCAAAGCAUUAGACUACCUUCGCUCCCUCUCGUCCAACUCUGAUUUCAUGAUGUAUCUGACUUGGUGCCACAGCCAAAAAUCUUGCAACAGACUCCAACUGUCGGAUAUAAUGGUUAAACCGAUGCAGCGUUUAACCAAAUACAGUCUCAUUUUGAGGAGAGUCAUAGCCCAUACAGAUGCCGAGCCGGAGCGAACAUCGCUAAUUGCAAUGGAAUCUUUCUCCAAAAAUUAUGUAUUGGAUCUGAACCGCUCUAUCCGGCAACGCGAGGAACUAGAGAGAUUGGAAGCCCUCGCCAACUCUAUCGAUGCGUACGAGCUUGAUUUCAAAGACGAAGAUAUGGAUAAAUACUUCCGCCAGUACGCACAGUUAAAUCUAAAGGCUCCGAUGGUUAACUGUCUGCCAAGUCACAGCAGAACUCUGAUCCACCAAGGCGAUCUUCGUUUCAAGGACAACAUUAAUCCCAAAGAGAUCGAAGUUCGCGUCGUUCUUCUAACUGAUAUGCUGUUGGUCUGCAAAAAACAAUUAUCCAAGAACAGCGCAUACCCAUUCAAGCUAAUUAGGCCUAAAUAUAUGGUGGACAAGUUGCUGCACUUCCCAAAAUGUAAUCGGAACAGCAAGGAGAUAUCUGCAUUGAUAUUUGUAAUGCUUGAUGAUGUCGGCUCUGCAACACAUGCGUUUUCUCUUUCCGAGACCAACAAAGAUCCUAAUUCUCAAGGAGGACUCAAGCUGUGGGAACAGAAAGUGAAAGAAGCUAAGUUGACUUAUGAACUUGGCGUAUGGUUUGCCAAGAACCCCUCGCGUGAUCUUUCUGAAGUAGAAAUGGACUCGUCAUCGGAUUAUGGUGCCAGCGGCGCCAACGGCACUAAACCGAGUUCGGACGACGUGAACAUUGAAAGAGAAGCUCGCGAGCGUGUUGCUGCAAUGUUACACCGCAGCAUGGGCGCAUCAACCGACUAUGAUUUCUCACAAGCUUCAAUGACCACAGACUCUUUUGAUGGAGAGGCAUCAGGCACUAGCGCCGGGGCGAGGUCUGGCGCUCACAGUCUGCGCCACCCGAUGCACCGCAACUCCACCGGCGGCAGCUCACGCAAUUCGAGGCUGUCCAGUUUCCAUCAGUCCACCAGCGCGGCUUCCCACGACGAGCCGCAGGCCGGGCCCAGCAAACAUAAUUACAGAGCCGGUAGCUCCGUGGAACACCUCAUACCACCUUUCAAUCCUGAAGAUGCUGUAACUUCGAUCACUGUGAAUGUGGUGAGCGAGAGUGAAUCGGAAACUGUGGUCCCCGCACAACCAGCGCCGCAACCAGGGCCUUCCAAGCCCCCGUCGCCGAAUAAGCUGACUCUACGCAGCUCGAGCUCCAGCCACAACACUCUGAGGGUGCAGCCGCAGAACAGCGCCAUGGCAUUGGUGCACAGCCUGCCGGACCUCACUAUAGAUCCAUCGCCACCGAGGCCCGUGCACCCGCCCAACACACAGUCGGCAUCUGAGAAACUGUACCAAUCGCAUCAGGAGUUGCUGCAACGCAAUCGCUUGUCUGCAUCGCAACAUCACCAAUACCUGAGCCCGGACCAUCGCGGCACCAGUUACCCACCACCAAGUCCAACCAGGGCAUCAUUAAAGCGCGGAUUGGCAUUUUCGUAUUCAUUCAAGAACCCACCGCUCUCUAAGAUGGGACACGUCAACAGUCAGUCACAAUUGCAGGCCGAAGCUGGCCCCUCUACCAGUCAACAAGCAAAAGCACAGAAUGAAAAGGCGUCAACAAGUGCCCCAGUAGCAGGUCCAAGUUCAAGCAAUGAUAAAGGAGAUAAGAAGUCAAAACAUGUUAGCAGCAGUUCCUUCUUCAGCUCGGGCGGCUGGCACUCCAAAAUCGAGGGAUGACAAAUAAGAGGCUGGCGGGUGAUGACGUUUACAAGGAACAAGGGUGGCGGUUCCCUGAGCCCGAACCGCAAAGAGGAUAAGGGCGACUGACAGCGGCGCCGGCGCAGGUCGCGACAUUGAGUGCAGAGGAUUAGAUCACAACUACACAAGCUUUACAGAUGGUGCUGUCGUUGAGGGUUCGCCUGACAAGGCCAAAAUUAACAUUUAUUAAAAGAUGCUAUAUUUGAUACAAAGAAGUUUAUAUGCCCUUGCGGUGUUAGUGCAUAGUUUCAGCAUAAAAAUGAGAUGUGAUGGACAAUGGAAAUUAUAGUUAAAAAUAUAGAGUAUAAUUAUAUUGUUUAUUACAAUUUAUUUUUGGUUUGGAAAGAUACAAAAUUAUUGUAAAAUUUAAUUGAUCAUAUUUUAUUAAGUAGAUUAAUUAAUUUAUGAAAUGUUGAAAUUAACUCAAUGAAAAUUAUCGAAAUAUUUUAAUAUUGUUAUUGAUUAUCAUCAUAUAUAUAUAUAUAUAUAUAAAUAUAAAUUAUAAACGAUUUACAUCUAUCAUAUUAGAAAACAUUAAUCGUAAUAUAAUAGAGUACUUUAAUGUUAACGCUCACAUAGUCAGAUUUGACCAUUAUUAGUGAGUGAUUUUAUGUUAGCUACAUAAUGAAAAUGUUGUAUUUUGUGAAACAGUAGCCGUUUACUUAGAUGUUUUAGCCGUUCAACAAUUCAAAAUAAAAAAAAAUAUAUCGUACUUUCUAAGCUACCAACGUCUACGAAGUAGAAUUAAGUAACUACAUGGUAAAACCUACAUUCCUACAUUUAAAGAUGACUGUACAUCAUCACAAUUCAGUAUUUCUACUUGCUAUGUAAUUUGUACCUGUCUUUAGAAUUCCAUAUUUGUACUAUAAGGAUUUUAUACCAAACUUUCUUUAUACCUAUACCUGUAGGUACGGAACUAGUUGUUAUUAUAUUUAAUAAUAUGUUCAAAAUGUAACUUAUUAUAUAGUUUUUUAAGAUGAUGAAGAGAGACACUAAUAGGAGCUUGCAGUUAUUGCGUUUCUAUUAAAAAUACCAUUUUAUUUUAAUGUUAGUGGCAGUCAGGAACUGCAGUAACUACUAAGUACAUUAAAAUACUUUCACGUUUACGGACUCUAAAUGAGACAAAAGUUUCGUUGUUAUUACAACUUGCACCAUUGAGUGUCCGUGAACGCUUUAAUGUUUACCUAAAUAAAACCGCACUAAUAGAUAUAAAAGUUACAUCGAAUCGAACGAGUAUCCUAUAGUUAAUUUAAUAGUUCAGGAAAAUAUAUGUUAAUUAUAAUACAUUGAUGUCAAUAGGUAUUAUAGACCACUACAUACACGUAGGUAUGUUGUCGUUGUGUCAUCUAAAAUUAAACAUUUGUAGAUACAAUAAUCUUAUAUACUGUCAAUAUUUGUUUCCUGUUUACACUACAUAUAUAAUAUAAGAAUAAAGAAUAUUGAAUACCUAUAGAAGUUGUAAGCAUGGCAGAACUAUCAACUGCAAAUUCUAUAGAGAUGAAAUAUUUUAGUUUAUCAUUUCCUUUAUCGAUGUUGUUGAAGUUGUCUACACUUUAAUAUUCCAGUUACAUAUAUAAUUAUUAGCUCAGCUUUGACGUCGUAAAAACGGUGUGUAUUUUAUAGUUCGAUUUUAAAAUAAGGUUUCAUUCAUUUCCAUCGUAAACGGCAACGCAUUUAGAGCGUUCAUACGGAUACUUACAAAUGGUUGCAAUUAUCUGUCAAUUAUCAAAAAUAAUUGAACAAUUUUCAGUACUUCUAUAAUUAUGAUUAUUUCAAAAAGUAUUCUGAUAACAAUCAGAAUUAUUAAUCGUGCAAUAAGAAGUAUGAGGUUAGUAAACUAUUACUUAUUUGAGUGUUAAUAAGUUAUUAUUGAAAAUUUGAAUUUUGAUACCAAAAAAUACCUACUUAAAAACUUCAUAAGUAAAAUAUUAACUAACUGCAAUGUUUUAGUGUUACAUUUAUAUAUAAUUUUUUCUAUAAUUAACAUUUAAGUUACCUAUCUGAAAAAAAAAUUAAGUAAUCAAUUUGGAAAACUGAACAGUAUUCAAUAGUUUCUAAUAAAAUUAUGGACAAUUCCGACGUCGCCACAGUGCUGUAAGCUUCGGUAUAAAUGCUUUUAACCACGACAAUUAUAAUCAUCAUCUAAGAGAUUUUAAAUAUUUACCUACUUUAUAAAAUCAGUAGAUGUCUAGCAUAAGAAAUAAUUAUGAUACCUAAUAGGAAAGCUUGUUAAACUUAAAUAUUCCAUCUCUCUUUAUUACUUCCAAUUGUGACCUGAAAAAUCUAACAUUCACAUAAGUACUUGUUGUUAACGACAUCUAUAUAAUUAUCAUCUUGAUUAAUAUCUGUCGUACUAUCUUUAUCGAUGUAAUAAAAUUAAGAUUUUAAAUGAUAUACCUACCGAUAGACAACGAGUAUUAUCUACUGGCUAAGCAAUGAGGAGACUGUCAUUGUCCACUCAUGGCUUAGAAUAUUCACACCACCAUUGAUAGGAUUCUGUAGAACGAGAGAGUAUUGUUCGUAUAAGAAGUCUGUAGAGCAAGAGAGUUACCAUCUAAAUCUCUUGCCGAUAUAAUAAGAUCUUUUAGAAUAGAAUAGAUUUAUCUAUGUGAAUUGUUCAAUGUGAGUUGUUCAAUGUGAGCUGUUCAAUGUAAGUUGUUCAAUGUGAGUUGUUCAAUGUAUGUUAUUCUAUGUGAGGUAUUCAAUGUAUGUUAUUCAUGUUGUUACUAUAUUGUAUGUUCAACUUUAACGGAUAAAAAUUCCUUGUAUGAACAGGUCAUCGAAAUAAAAAGUUUGACAUUUUUUGACAGCUUUUUGAGGGUAUAGGUCUUGAAAUAUGUAAUUGUACAUAUUUUAGUAACAUGACAAAGUAAAAAUAUAUAAAACGAUUAAUACAAUCGAUAAGGGUAUUAAUUUCACGUAGCACGUCCUCGCGAGGAGGGAAGGCAUCCUGCUCUGCCUUCGGGAUGUCGCUCGCGCACCUCUCAGAUUCCCGGUAACAUAAUGCCGCUAAUACGGCCAUAUUAGUAUGCUUCGUCCUAGAAGCCCAAAGAUACUGACAUUACCUGAAACUUAUGUAUGUGGAAGAGAUUUAGGGCGCUCCACAUCUGCCAGACUCUUGGGCCGUGUCUGCCAUGUAGAAGGGAUUUACGGUGCUUCCACACCUGUCAGAAUUUUGUUCAGAAUAUUCAUCAAAUUACAAUUGUCACUCUAUGAGUGCUGACAUUGGAUGUAAUGUGCAACUCCUUCCAUGCUUUUGCACAUGUAACAACCAUGAUCGAACCUCUCACCAACCAACGUGAGAUCAUUUAUCAUCGGCCUCUCACCAGCCACCGUGAGAUUAUUCAACAUCACCCUUUCACCAGUCAACGAGAUUAUUCAUUAUCACUCACUCACCAACCAACGUGAGAUUAUUUAUCACCAACCUCUCACCAGCCAACGCGAGAUUAUUCAUUGUCAACCUCACACCAGCCAAAGUGAGAUUAGUUAUAUCCACUCUCACACCAGCCAACGUGAAAUUAGUUACCUUCACCGUCUCACCAUCCAACGUGAGAUUAUUCGUCACCAGUAUCUCAUCUACCAACACGAAAUAAUUUGUCACAAGCUACGUAAGAAUAUUUAUCACCGGCCUUUCACAAGGCACUAUUAGGUUAGCUAUCUCCACUCUCUCAACAACCAACGUGACAUUAUUCAACAUCACCCUCUCACCAGCCAACGUGAUAUAAUUUAUCUCCACCCUCUCACCAGCUAAUAUGAGAUUAUUCUUGCCAAUCUCUCACCAGUCAACGUGAGAUAAUUUAUCACCAGCUUCUUACCAGCCAACAUGAGAGGAUUUAUCACCAGUCAAAGUGAGAUUAGUUACCUUCACCCUCACAUCAGCUUACGCGAGAUUAGUCAUCUCUACCCUCUCACCAAGCAACAUGAGAUUAUUCAUCGUCUACCUCCUAUAAACCAACGUGAGAUUAAUUAUCUCUACCCUCACACCUGCCAACGUAAGAUAAUUUAUUACUAGUCUCUCACCAACCAAUAUGAGAAAAUUUAUUACCAGCUUCUCACUAGGCAACUUGAGACUAUUUUUCACCUAUACUUCACAUAACACUAACAGUCUGUAGCCUAAAAAUCAGAUAGUAUUGGAGUCGUUCCAGUGACUAUUCACUACAUUUCUAAGCGCUCUCUUUGUGGUAACCAAAGACUUACACCAAUUCCAACACCAGCAUAGAUAAAGAUUCUAUCUAGUCACUCUUAAAAUUCAUGAUGCCCUAAAUUAGAUUCCCCAGGUUAUUAUAUGUAUAGAUAUUUUGAAAUUGCUUCCAAGAUUGUUUUAGGUAAUAUGCCCUACCUUCGCUUGCUUACUUCUUCCUCUCCAAAUUUCAAUCUCAAACAAUAUCUUCGAUAUGUCAACAAUAUCUUCAAUAUGUCAAAUCUACUUCUUAACAUGACUUCCUUAUGUACUAAAAUAAGAAUGAGAUGGAAACUGAACCUAGUUCUGGAGUUCAAGACAUUUGAACCUUCCGCAUAUUCCGUAGAGGAAAGUAGCCUGAUGACACUGAUUCCAAUUCUGACACAGUCACUACAACUACAAGACUAUCGUGACCUUGCCAAUAUAUUUUAUCUCCACUUCCUUGGUUUUAAUUAUUUAUGUAUGUUGCAAGUUUUUGGGUAAAAUACCACCGUUGUGUUAGUACAUGUACGGGAUGUGAUACGCGCACUCCUCAACUUCCCGAUGAUAUAAUGCCGCUUACAAUAUAGAACUCUACAUACUCUUACAAUACGUUAUUUUUUUAAUUGGCCUUCAUGUUGCUCUUUUUAAAAGUUCUAGUUUUCGAUUUUGUAUGAUUACAAAUUAUCAACAUAGGCAAUAUACUAACAUAAAGUUUAAGAUAUUGUUGCUGUAUUUGGCAUAAAUGGGCCCCCCUCCCACACCACCUAAUUGUGUUUCUACUGAAAAUAAAUCAAACAAAUCAACUUGACGUUCACUAUAGAUAAUUUUUAAAUCAUUUUACAAUUAUGUCUUCGAUUAAUACUAAUUAGAUUACGCCGAUUUGGUAUGUAUUAUACGGCGUAAAAAAACUAUCUAUAAUUUAAAUUGUUCAUUGCAAUGAUGCAAUUAAUAUAUCAUGAAUUUAUCAUCUGCAAUCAAGAUUUAUGAAUACCUUAAUUGCAAACGAUAAAGCACAGUUUUGUUUGUAUCUAAAUAAAAAAAAAAUAAGAACAUACCUACUAUACGAGUAUCAGGUGACGCAAUUGUUGUUUAAGUUUUUUUUCGUAGUUGAUAUUAAUGAACAAAACUAUGUGCACUCUUUCUGUUAUGAAUAUUUACUAAGAACUUAUUGCAAAAAAAUAUAUGGUUGCAGAUUGCAGGGUCUGCAUAUUUUCACUUCUUUCACUCCCACAAAUGGUUGGUACUUAUUCAUACUGCAUUUCGUAAUUUAUCUAUUCUGAAAUGUAACCAAAAUGUUUCAUGUAGUUUCUGACUAUCAAUAAAAAUAUGGAUGUGA